ACUUUUCAAAUUUCACAAAGAGAAGACUCAGCCACCAAACGAAACUAACUCAUCGCUGAAACAGAGAAAUAGAGAAAUGGUGAAAAUCACUUCGCCGGAGUCGCCAAACCGCCACCACUCCAACGGCGGCUUCUUCGUAACAAUAUCAGCGAUCCUGGCUCUACUCUCACGAAAAGCUAACCGAUUAAAAGAAAAAGCAAAAUCAUCAUCGACGACGAAACCGAUCAGAGACGAGGAGUGGAGGUUCGAUCUUAAGACACCGCCGAAAUCACCGAUGGCGAAACCGAAGAAGUUGCUGAGCAAUAUAAGCAACAAAGCACUGUCGCAAUUCGGGAAGAAGAAGCAGAGAGAGGAGAGAGAGAAGGAAGGUUGGGGAAACGGCGGCGUUUGGCAGAAGGAGAUUUUGAUGGGAGGAAAGUGUGAGCCGUUGGAUUUCUCCGGUGUGAUUUACUACGAUAUUAACGGGAAACAGACGCGUGAAGUUCCGAUCAGGUCUCCACGCGCUAGUCCUUUGCCUGGAUAUCUCACGCGCGGUUGAAUUCAAUCGCUAAAUUCUAGGUUUGUUAGGGAGUUGAUGAAAUUACUAGAUUGAUAUGCACGUGAUCUGUGAUCGAUCGCACGUGUAUUUUUAGAUUUACUUCGUGUUUUUGCUUAUAAGAAUUGAAAAUUUAGAAUUAAUAGAGUGUGUUUGUUUGUUAGUUGAUGAUGAAAACUAUACAAUUUGUAUAAAGUUAAUGCGAUUUAAGUGAAAGAUCUUUGAAUUUUUCUAAUUGGGAA